AUGUCUCAAGAAAUUUGCAUCUUACCAUUUUUCGGAACCGGCCAUCUUUUACCAUGCUUCCAACUAUGCAACCAUUUAACUUCCUCAAACUUCCACGUCAACCUUCUCAUCUCCUCUACCCUCUCCACCUCCGUUCCCUCUUCUCUCUACCAACACCCUCUCUUUCAACUCACCCUUAUCCCAUCACCACCUCCUUCGCCGGAACACCACUACGAGCUUGCUGAAGGACUCCAAAAUAUCCUCUCUAACUACCAUCGUCCAACCCUACCCGUUUGUGCAAUUGUCGACGCCAUGAUGAGCUGGUCGAUCAAUAUUUUCCAAAAGUUUAAAAUUCCAACGGUGGCGUUCUUCACCGCCGGCGCAUGCUCCGCCUCUAUGGAGCUUGCUGUAUGGAAAGCCCAGCCUUUUGACUUGAAACCCGGCGAAAUCCGUUUUCUUCCCGGUUUACCAGAUGAGAUGGCGGUUACCUACUCGGAUAUAAAACGGCGUAAUCACAACCCUCCUCCUCAUCCGCCUCCACAGCACGGCUUUCCUCCGCCACCAUUUGGACCUGGAAAGAAGGGCCCGCCUAAAGAUGGAGAAGAACCACCAUGGCUGAAUGAGACACAAGAAGCAACUGCGUUGUUGAUCAACACGUGUGAUGAUCUGGAGCGUCCAUUUCUCAACUACAUCGCAAGCUACGUGGGAAAACCAGUGUACGGUGUUGGACCGCUUUUGCCAGAGCAGUAUUGGAAAACCUCCGGUUCAGUUCUCUACGACAGUGAUUUCCGGUGGAACCGGUUAUCCAGCGUGACCGAGAAAGAAGUGAUCCAAUGGUUAGAUUCGAAGCCACAUGGAUCAGUUUUAUACGUGUCAUUCGGUACGGAGGUGGGACCAACAGUAGAAGAAUACGCGGAACUAGCUGAAGCACUGGAGUCAUGUGGAAAACCGUUUAUAUGGGUAAUUCAAUCCGGUUCAGGUAGACCGGGUCCACCAGGUUUUGGUUUAGUAGAAGAAUCCGGUUCAAGUAAGCCGGAAGGAUAUUUUCCUCAUGGAUUGGAUGAAAGAGUUGGGAGUAGAGGCAUGAUCAUACGCGGUUGGGCGCCACAGUUGUUGAUACUGAGUCAUAAAUCAACGGGUGGAUUUUUAUCUCAUUGUGGUUGGAAUUCGACAUUGGAGGCUAUUGGACGUGGGAUUCCGGUUUUGGCAUGGCCUAUAAGGGGUGACCAACACUAUGAUGCUAAGUUGGUUGUGAGUUAUCUUAAGGUGGGUUACAUGGUUUCUGAGGAUCUAUCAAAAGAUGUGGGUAAGGAUGAUAUAGUUAUGGGGAUAAAGAGGUUGAUGGGUGAUGAAGAAGUGAAGAAGAAUGUUGAGGUUCUUAGUGACAAGUUUAGGAAUGGGUUUCCAAGAAGUUCGGUUGAUGCUUUACAUGAUUUUAAGGAUUAUGUCAACAAGAGAUUUGUUUAG